AUGGGGAAUUCGAAUAGCAGCAAUAGUAGAGAAAUUAUAACAAAAUAUAAAGGGGGGACAAUAGCAGUUGGAGUAUCAGCAGACAAAACCAGCCAGAAUGCUUUGAAAUGGGCUAUUGAUUAUCUUGUCACUCCUCCAACAAAUGAUGUUGUUCUAAAGCUCAUACAUGUUGCUCAAAAAUCACCAUCUCCUAGAGUCUCCCCUGGGAACGGUGAAGCUUUUGAUCGUAUUGAGGAAAUGUUACUUCCAUUUCGUUGCUAUUGUACCCGUAAACGAGUACCAUUUGAGAUUGUUAUACUUGAGGAUGAUGAUGUAGCCGAGGCACUGGUUGAUUACAUUUCAUGCCAUGGCAUUGAGAAUAUUAUUUUCGGUACUUCGUCCAGGAAUGGGUUUUCCAAGAGACUAUUCAAGACAUCAGAUGUUCCAAGUACUGUGCAAAAGUUGGCAGCUGAUUUCUGCAAUGUAUUUACUAUCUGCAAAGGAAAGAUAUGGGCAGUGCGGGCAGCACGCCACCGACUGCCGGCCCUGCCGGCCCUCCCAGCAGAAUUUACUUACAUAGGCAGAGCUGCAAGUAGAAAAUCAUACGACGAGGUCUCAUUGCAAGAACCGGAUAUGGACACUGGCCUCUCUUUUGUUGGCUCAGAAAGACGAAGUACUGAUAGCAUGUUGUACGCAUUCUACGAAAACUUUGGGCAAGCUGAAUUUACCCCGAUCUCUUCAAUGUCCCCGGAUGUGGACAUCACUGUAUCAGCAUCAGAAUUAGAUUUCGGGAGUUUCGAUAGCUUUAACACUAUGCAUGAAAUGCCAUCAAUGGCGCAGCACAAUAACUCAGGAAAUCCAUUCUUGUCGCAGAAAGUACUGGAAGAAAUGGAAGAAGAGAUGAAAAGCCUUAGAAUGGAGCUGAAGCAAACGAUAGAGAUGUACCAUGGAGCCCGCAAUGAAGCACUGAAAGCAAAACAGAAGGCUGCUGAGCUCCAAGAGGAGAAAAUGAAAGAAGAACAGAGACUAGAGGAAGCACUACUCACUUUAGAAGCAACUGUAGCAGCUUUGAAGAACGAACAAGAGAAGUGCAAGGCAGCAAUGUUGGCAGCAGAAGCAUCUCAAACUCUUUUUGGGGAAGAGGUGCAAACGAGAGUGAGGGCUGACAAGAUGGAGGAGAACAAGGGAUUCCUGCAUUACCCAGCUCCCAGCAAUGACAAGGAAAUGAAUGAUAUUAAAGCAUUUUAA